GAUUAGAUUUUUUAUACAUUUAAAUAUGGUCGUUUUCUCAACAGUCAAAUUCACAACGCACAAACACAAAACAUACAAAUAAGAAACAACGCCACUUUGCAAACGUGAAAGCACAUUUAGUCACAGAUAAAGAAAAUAUGGGAAAUAAUGCAACGAAAACAUCCACGACAGUGUUGAAAAUUGACACAGAUGGAAAUGAGAUAAAUAUGAUGCAAAAUAUAUUAAUCGAUCCUCGAUCGCCAGACGUUAAUAGAACACCUUUGGUGAGUAUUUUGGGAAUGAAAUCCAUAGAGCAAACACCAACAACACGUAAAACGUCAUUGAACACAUCGAAUGAAAGGAAACUGUUAGAUCCCCGUUCACCGAGCAAAUUUAUACCACGAACACCCUUGGCAACAUCUUUGGAUGGCACUGGAAUCGAAAAUAGUAUUGGAAAAUACUCGUUGGAAUACAGCGGUUACAUUGAAGAAGCAAGUUGUCGUAAUUUCAAUGAACGUUUGGCAAACAUCACGUUUGACGACUCAUAUACUGAAGCAAAUGAUGCAUCAAAAAUUGCAGCGAUAAAAACCAAUGAAACUAUCAAUUUAUCAAUUUCACAUGCAGCCGAUGCUAUUUAUGAUAAUGAUGAUGGUGUGAAUGAGCAAUUAAGAUCAACAGAAUCAAUGAAACGUUGCCAAAAUACACCAAUGGCUUUACCAUCAGAGCCAACAAGUCGAUUCGAUGUUAACGUUUACACAGACGUUGAAAAUAUUUCGCCGGUUAUAAAUACAACUCAGCACAAUAAACUCAAUACUCUAUCUGCAUUCAGUAGUACACCAAUAUCAAUAUUAAAUAACCAACAAAAAUCGAUGUCAGCUAAGAAACUUGCAACGACAAACAAAGAUAUUUGCAUCGAUAAUGGAACACCCGGCAAGCGAAUGGUAAAAACUAAAGAGCCGCGCACACCCUUCGGCUGUUUGCAAAAUCAACAGUUGAUUCAAAAGGACCAUGAGAAUUCUACACCAAAAUCCAAAACAUCAGUCAUUUCAAAACGUACAAAAAAAACACGAAUAAUAAAUCAAAUUAUUUGUGAUUGAUUAGUUGACCAUAAUAAGUGAAUUGUUUUGUGUUUUUUUUGUAUUUGUCAUCGUUUUUAGCAAGAUUUUCAUUUUCUAGUUUUUUUAAAUUUUGAUUUCAGUGUGUGUAAUAAAAAUAUCCGUUUGCAUUUUACAUGAGUUUAUUAGUUACAAUAUACAAUUUAAUCAGGUACAAUAGC